AUGUAUCUCCCCGCCAUCGUGCUAUCGUCUCUUAGCCUCCUCUGGCCCCUUACUGCAGCCGACAAGCACCAGUAUUGUGCCUGUGAGAAAAAGAGAGCGGGAGGCAUCCACCUUGGUGCAACUGUUGGACUUGCACUUCAGUGCAAUAAUAAGCUCCAAUUAGCUCAGCCAAAUGGAGGAUACUGGAUAGCUCAUAAGCCAGGCCCUGAACACGGCGGCCCCUAUGGAUUGAUGGAGAUACCUUUCACAGCCUAUGCACGAAAGCUGGUGCACCAGCUAGCACCUGUUUUACCUGCAAAGACGCUCCCCAAACUAACUCUGAUGGAGGGAAAUUAUGUUGGAAGAGCUAAUGUUAGGCUUUAA